AUGGCAGAGGAUGAUGGAUAUUUGUCUGAUAUUGAUUAUAAGGCUCGCAUAGCAUCAGAUAUUAAUAAAAUUGAUGAAUAUUAUGCUGUUAAGCCUACCCAAAGGAUGUAUUAUUAUCCUCAUUCAACUCCUCAAGAUGUUUUACUAGAGGAACAUGAACAUGUUAUUUCCAACAGUUAUAGUGGCAAGGAAAUGAAUGGAAUAUUGACGGUUUAUAAAAACACUGAAAGAGUUAUUGCAGAUAUGAUUAUAGCUGGUUUCACUGGCCAAUUAAAAGGAAGAUGGUCAGAUAAUAGUGAAUCUAUUCGUACCAUGCUUCAAAACCUUAGAUGUAAGACCCUAACCUCAUUUAGGUGGUAUAAAGAUGUUUUUCUUUGCAGGGUUAUGGAAUUACCAGAGAGUAAUGACUCUCAUUGGAAGUCCAAAUUUAUAGAUGGACUCCUUCCUCUUUUUGCAGAAAGAGUUAGGAAAGCUCUUAGGAAAGGGGAUAGAAGUAUUAAUUAUGAUUCUUAUACUUAUGGUAAUUUAAUUGGUACUUGUAUGCAGGAAGGAUUAACCUUAUGUAAUGAAAUUAGGCUUAAUCAGCAAAUCAAGCGCCAUGGUCUUAAUGAAAGACAACAAUUAGGAGAAUUUUGUGGACACUUUGGAUUGGACGUUCCACAAUCUUCUAAAAAGCCUCAUAGGCAUAAGAAAAAAUAUAGAGACUUCCAACAACGGAAGGAGAAGCGCUCGCAGAAAAAAGCUAGGCGCAAAAGGACUUUCAAAGAAAGAAAGGAUUUUAUUAAAUCCAAAAAUCCAAAAGCCUGUUAUAAGUGUGGCAGAGUAGGUCAUUUUUAUAAGAAUUGUAAGGUUAAGGAAAAGAUUAAAGCCCUUAACAUAGAUGAUGACCUUAGAGAAUAA